AAACUUUUAAUGUGAAGCUGCAGGACCACACAGACGUAUCUGUUGUUGUAGCUCAGCGUUUUGGGUUUUAAUAAAUAAACAAAAAAUGUUUUCGACUGAGAAUUUGAGAAGCUUUAUCAUGGAUCGACUAACUGCUGCAGCUGAAGACAUUUUUGUAGUUUUUCAGAGAACUAUCGUCGAGUACGAGGAGAAGAUCGAUCGCCAGCGCAGACUGCUGGAUAUCACUGGGAAAACUCACGUCGACUCACACAGAAUAGAUGUCCCACAGCAACAUGAGUGCAAAGAGGGGGAGGUUGUGGCUGACCAGCAGCUCUGUGACCAGGAGAGAACCUUCAGUCUGGACCAAGAGGAGCCAGAGCCUCCUCAGAUGAAGGAGGAACAGGAGGACCUCUGCAGCAGUCUGGAGAUAGAGCAGCUCAGAGUGAAGCAGGAGACUGAGACAUUCAUGUGGACUCAUACUUAUGAGGACAGUGACCACAGUGAACCUGAACAACAACAUGAACAGCAUCUCCUCUUUCACAACUCCCAUGUCACUGAGAAUCAAGAUCCCAAAGGAGGCAAGCAUGAAGAUUCAGAAUCAAGUGGAACAUCAGAGCCAACACUAAUGAAAAGACUUCAGAAAAGAAGAAUUGAGAAAAUUAAAAUAUUAGAGACUGAUCAUAAUUCAUACCAAAGUAAAAAAUCUUUCACAUGUGACACAUGUGGUGAAGAGGUUAAGAGCAAGUCAGAAUUAAAGACACAUCAGCGGGCCCAUGGUGGUAAGAAGAUGCAUUCAUGCGAGAUUUGUGGGAAAAUGUUCAGCUUCAAAUCAGAUCUGACUUAUCAUACAAGAUCCCACACUGGUGAGAGGCCUUUCUCCUGCAGCAUAUGUGGAAAAAGAUUCUUUCGGAUGACCAACUUGAAUACUCAUUAUAUUGUUCAUACACAUGAAAAGCCAUUUGCAUGUGAAACAUGUGGCAAAAUGUUCAGGGAUAAAUUCGACUUGAAAAUUCACAUGAGAAUACAUACAGGUGAAAGGCCUUAUGCAUGUGUUACAUGUGGGGCUUCAUUUGCCACAAAAAGUAAUUUGGAUAAGCACAAAAGAAUUCAUACAGGUUAAAAAAAAUGGUAUCUUGCAAAGCAUGUGACAGGACUUUUAAAUAUUUGGAUGCAUUACAGUUUACAUGAGAAGGGCUAACACAGGUGAGCGUCCAUACCUUUGUAAGACAUGUGGGAAAAGAUUCAACUCAUUUAAUCUUCCACAACACAUGAAAAAAUCACACGCAUGCAAGUAGCCAUGUGUACUCAGCAGUGUUAAUUUUUGAAAAUUUUAGUCUUUAGAUGAGAUGUCUUUUAGUUUUAGUCCCAUUUUAGUCUUUUAUACCCUUUAAGUUUUAGUCGACGAAAUUAACACUGGUACACAGAUGUGGUAGAGAUUUUACAUCUCUGCCAGGAUCAAUGCCCAAUGAUGGAUUACACCUAUGAUUUAACAAACCAAAAGUUUUCUCACAAUUCAAAGAAGCCAUUGUUGGACUGAUCACAGUAAAAUUUUAUUGGUGGAAGUUGUCAGGGGCAUUUUGGACAAUACUGAUACACAAUGAUUCCCCACAGACUUAAGAGCCUUUUUUGGUCAUUUAAGCAUGCUGGAGACUAUGUUGUGAUUUGUUUACAACAUAUUUUCUGUCAGGUGUUCUUCCUAAAGUCAGCUUUGUCACAGUUAAGGUUCGAGCAAUAAGUAUAAAAAUCUGAAAAUCCCCUCAAGAUUUAACCUUGCAAAGCAGAUGGAUUGGCUUAGAUGUCACAUCAGUCACAUGUCCAUGCAAUGAAUAUAUAAAAAAGUCUAUGCCAGGCAUGCCAGGUUCCUCAAAUUUAAAUUUAUAACAUUAUCCGAUAUCAUUUUAUAUAAUGGCUAAAUGAGUGUAUUAGUUGAUAAAUGAACAAAAAAAAAAAAAAAAUCAAAACAAUCAGUCGGUCCACCAUCACAUGUAAAGAUAAAAUGCGAGGUUAGUUUUGUUGAUGAAUAAUCUACAAUAUUUUUUUAUCAGGCCUUUUCAAAAAUAAUAAUGAUGCUAAAGAUUGGCCCUAAACUUUGUUCAACACUCAAAUGUGUUUGAAUUCUUAAUCUUGCUUUUAUUUACAUUUGAUUGUUUUAUUUUUUCUUUCCUCCCAGUGAGUUUAUGCAAUGUUUAUCAAACUUUCUGACACUGUA